AGCUUUUUCCAUUCUGCUACCGAAAAGUACUGCGCUACUGCACGUAGUGACCACGGUCUCAGCACCAUUGAAGAGUUAAAAGGAUUGAGGUAGCAUCCUGUCCCCUUCUCCGUCUUCCCCGUGAAUGCCAAGAAUCAGCCUCCACCAAAACGACCUUUAUAAGAAACGCCAAAUAGAGAAAGAAGAGCAUAUACAGCAGUAGAAUCAAUCUCCUCAUCCUUGUAAGAACACUGGAUACAUUAAAGAUUGAAAGAGAGGCUUGUGCAAAUGAAAGGCUUUGGAAUUUUACCGACUCUAAUUCUCCUCCCCUGCGUCGCUUUACUCAUCUGCAACCAUUCCCAAGCCAAACCCGCACAACCCAUCUCACAAAUCCUGAAAUUUGACAAAUUUAAUCUUUUCCGCAGCUCGACUCUCCCAUGGAGGAGUCAGGGGAGAGAGUCCCAAGAAACUCAUUUGAGAUUUGCAGCGCCCGUGGCGAUAGCAGGUGUCUUGUGUUUCCUAGCUGCCUCCAUAUCCAGCGCAGGCGGAAUUGGAGGCGGCGGUUUGUUCAUACCCAUUCUGACUAUAGUCGCAGGACUGGACCUCAAGAUGGCGUCAAGUUUCUCAGCUUUCAUGGUCACAGGGGGGUCGCUGGCCAAUGUCCUCCGCAACAUGUUUGUGACCACUUGCCCUAGAUAUGGUGGUAAGACUCUGAUCGACUAUGACAUAGCGCUUCUUUCAGAGCCAUGCAUUUUACUGGGAGUGAGCAUUGGAGUUAUCUGCAACCUCGUGUUCCCGGAGUGGCUGAUUACCAUACUGUUUGUGGUGUUUCUUGGUUGGUGCACGCUUAAAACGUUUAGAAAUGGGAUUUUGUGUUGGAAAUCAGAGUCGGAGGAGGUUGGGAAUUUGGGAAAUGGGUUGGUGGGGAAUGGAAUUUGUCAUGAGAGUGGAGGAGUAGAGUGCAGCAAAGACCCUCUUUUAAGUGGAAAAGGAGACUGCAAGGUGGGGAUUCCAAGGAUGAAAUUGGGGUUAUUGGUUAUGGUCUGGCUUUCAUUCUUUAUUGUGUAUUUUCUUCGAGCAAAUCAACUUGGGGAGAGCAUUAUACAAAUGCAGCCAUGUGGAGUGAACUACUGGAUUCUCUCAUCAUUCCAAAUCCCUCUUGCCAUUAUUUUUACCACAUGGAUCAUAUGCAGAAAUGAUAUCCAUCCAGACCAAACAUCCAACCUGCAGAUGGCAGAUUCCCAAACUAGCAGCAGAUCAUCAAAUAAGCUUAUUUUCCCAAUAAUGGCACUUUUGGCUGGGAUAUUGGGUGGACUAUUUGGAAUUGGAGGUGGAAUGCUUCUGAGUCCACUUCUUCUUCAUGUUGGAAUGGCACCUGAGGUGACAGCAGGAACUUGUUCACUCUUGGUUUUUUUCUCAUCUACAAUGUCUUCAUUUCAGAACUUAUUGAUGGGCAUGGAGCACACAGAUGCUGCCCUUGUGUUUGCCAUCAUUUGUUUCGUAGCAUCGCUUCUUGGAUUGAUGGUCGUGCAGAGGGCCAUAGAAAAAUAUGGGAGAGCCUCCCUCAUUAUAUUCUCUGUUGGUACAGUAAUGGCUUUAAGUACGAUUCUAAUAACCAGCUUUGGAGCUGUGGAUGUUUGGAGAGACUAUACAACUGGGAAAUACAUGGGGUUUAAACUUCCCUGUUAAAAACCAAAAAGAGAAAAACAAAAAAGAAAUUUGUAAUUAGUUCUUUAAUAUUCAACAGUUAAAUAGUAAAACUUCUUGGUGUAUGGUAUAAAUGAAAGAGAAUUAGUCAAAUUAUUGUGCUAAUUUCGUAUUAAUGAGCUUUGAAAUGAAGUUAGAAGCACGACUUGGUGUGUUUAUUGUAUUAAGUUUUGUAUUAGUGAUCUUUAAAAUGGAGAAAAUAAGAUGUGUGACUUGUACGGUUC